GAGGUGAGGCGCGGAAUGAGUCGCCUGGGCCCGUGUCUGAGCCCGCGGCCCCUCCUGCGUGGGCCCUGGGCGGCGCCGCGGGGACUGCGUCGCGUCUCGGUGGCGGCCGGCCUGCGCCGGGGCCCGGCGGGCUCCAGCACCGCCUCUGUCGUGGGCAUGGAGGAGCUGCUGAGUCGCUCCGUACCGCCGCUGCCGCCCUACGAGACCAAGGAGAAGGCGCCGCCUCCGGCGGAGCUGCGCAGCGCGGAGUUCGUGCGGUACUACCGCGCCCUGGAGGCCGGGCCGCCCAGGGCCGAGCUCCUCACCCGCUUGGCCCGCGACUUUGGCGUGGACCACGGCCGGGUGGCGGAGUUCAGCGCCAAGGUGCUGCAGGCCCGGGAGCAGCAGAGGGAGCUGGGGGCCCUGCUGCAGGCCGAGGACCGGCUCCGCUACUACCUGAAUCCCCAGUACCGGGGUCUCUUCCAGCACCUGGGCCGCCUCGAGGGCGGGCUGCGCUUCCUGGUGGAGCUGAGGGGCGACCUGGUGGAGGGGCUGGCGACCAAGGUGGUGGACGGGCCUCAUGUCAAGGAAAUGAAUGGAGUUCUAAAGAACAUGCUUUCAGAGUGGUUCUCGACAGGAUUCCUAAACUUGGAACGGGUCACUUGGCAAUCACCUUGUGAAGUACUCCAGAAAAUUAGUGAUUCUGAAGCUGUGCAUCCUGUGAGAAACUGGGUUGAUAUGAAGCGUCGAGUUGGGUCAUAUAGAAGAUGCUACUUUUUUUCUCACUGUGCAAUCCCAGGAGAACCAUUGAUAGUCUUGCAUGUUGCACUAACCAGUGAUAUCUCCAGCAGCAUCCAGGCCAUAGUGAAAGAAGUGCCGCCUUUAGAAACAGAAGAUACGGACAAAAUUACAACAGCAAUUUUCUACUCAAUCAGUUUGACUCAGCAGGGACUGCAAGGUGUGGAACUUGGGACUUACCUCAUCAAACGGGUUGUAAAAGAGCUGCAGAAAGAACUUCCUCAGAUAAAAGUUUUUUCUACUCUUUCACCUAUCCCGGGAUUCACAAAAUGGCUUGUUGGUCUCCUCUCCUCACAAACAAAAGAACUGGAAAGAAAUGAACUUUUUACAGAAUCAGAAUGGCAAGAAAUCUCUGAGAUCACAGGAGACUCUACUACUGAAACACUAAAGAAACUCUUAAAUAACAAUGAGUGGGUGAGAUCAGAAAAAUUAGUUAAAGUGCUCCAUUCACCAUUUAUGAGACUCUGUGCCUGGUAUUUGUAUGGAGAGAAACAUCGUGGCUAUGCGCUUAAUCCAGUAGCGAAUUUUCAUCUUCAGAAUGGCUCUGUGAUGUGGCGGAUAAACUGGAUGGCGGACACAAGCCCUCGGGGCAUUACUGCUUCUUGUGGCAUGAUGGUCAACUACCGAUAUUUCUUGGAGGAUACAGCCAGUAACAGUGCAGCAUACCUGGGGACUAAACAAAUUAAAGCCUCAGAGCAGGUUCUUUCCUUGGUGUCUCAAUUCCAGCAAAAUAGCAAGCUUUAAUUAAAUAUUAUGAAAACUAAGAACAAGUGUUCCUUGCCUAUAAAGAGCUGUAAUAUUUUGCAGUGUCUAUAUUUAAAUGAGAAUGUCCCUUGUAAAACAAAUUUACUCAGCACAGUACGAUGCAAAGUUAUCUAGAUUAUCGGUUGUCUUGCUUACAUUGCCAUAUGUUCAAAACCUGAUUCACUGUGAUUGAGUCACUGCAAGUUCUAGACAUCUGUUAUGUGCAAAUGGGUUGGAGGUAUGUAUUAAAGGGUGAGUAAAAUUCUCUCAAUCAGUUACAACUCAAUGAUAACUUGAAUGGAAAAUACUUGAGCCGUACCAUUAUUCUGUUGAUAAUAAACCUGUAUAAACUGUG